AUGGCUGCUUCGAAUAACCAAUGGCCCAAACAAUCAGAAUCUAUCCUGAGGGAUCUAAAAGGUGAGCGUCACAUUCGACUGACUCCGAGUCAUCGUCUCCGUCGAUUAGCUGAUGACAUACUUGCUCUUUUUGAAUCUGGUCCUUCCGUGCCUCUACACAUGCCACUGCCUAGCCUGCCAGAAAUCUUUCAGAAGAAGCUUGGUCAUGAAAUGCCAGUCUGGUUGGACGUUGACCUGGCUGAAAUAUACCCGCCUGCUGGAGUAAGAGCCACCGGAAACAUCUGCUCCGGUAAUCGUGGCAUGACACUGGGCAACCUGGAUUGGCCUGAUACAACCACCAUGCAAUCCCUCCAACAGUCCAGUGGCUCGGAGGCGUCGACGAAUUCGCAAACAACGAGCUACUUUGGAGGAGUAAUGGUCAGGAUCUCGGGAAAUAUAACGUCUGAAUAUCUGAAUAUCACAAAUAGUUGGCAUGCAGGACUGGCCUAG